AACAGGAGAUAUGAGAUUAUGAAAGCUAAACAACGAUUGCGUGACACCAACGUUAUAGACUAACUUAUUGUUGGGGAAUAAAAUAAGGAUUCUGAGAAAGAGAGAAAAAAGAAAGCGUAGAGAAAUUGAAGAGUACAAAGUUGAAAAGAUGGCGACAUUACCACAAUUGGAAGAAGAUAAGUUGAAGUUAGUGCAGGAUUUAGAAAUAGAAAUGAUGUCGGACAUGUAUAACCGCAUGACAGCUGCCUGUUUCAGGAAGUGUAUAGCACCAAAGUAUACAGAACCUGAACUAGGCAAAGGGGAAUCGAUAUGUCUAGAUCGUUGUAUUGCUAAAUAUUUAGAAGUUAAUGAACGUAUUGGUAAGAAAUUAUCACAGUUGUCGAUGCAAGAAGCAACACUCACAGAGCAGCCAAAGACAAGUUGAAUCUAUUAUCAAUAAUUACAUUUGAUAGUAUCUUAUCAAAUGAUUUAUAGUCUGUUGUUUUCAAUCUUCAGUUACAACUGUUUACAAGGAUCAGUAACCUAAAUUAAAAUUAAUAACUCUGUAGUAUCAUUUUGUAUUUAAGUUUGUGAAUAAAUUGAAUAUUGACAUGUUAUAAAUUUUAA